GGGGGAGCGGCGCCGCCGCCACCGCCUCCUUCUCCUCUCCUUCCUCCCACAGCCGCCCCUGCCCGUCGAGGCAGCGCUCCCAGGCUCCCCUGGGGCGCUCGGCAUGAGGAGAAUCAGGGCCAAUGCCAUCGCCAUCCUGACCGUCGCCUGGAUCCUGGGCACUUUUUACUACUUAUGGCAGGACAACAAACCCCGCUCGGCGGCCGCCGGCAGGUCCGCCGGCGGCGGUAGCGGCGGCGCCCGGAGCGGGCAGAGGACGGCCGGCAGGCUGGAGCUCCGCCGGGAGGAGAAGACCAUCCCCCUCAUCAUGACGCGGACUCCCCAAGGAGAGAAGAACAGCCGAAGGGGUUUUGAUGAAAAGGCUUAUUUGUCCUCAAAGCAGCUGAAGGCUGGAGAAGAUCCUUACCGCCAGCACGCUUUUAAUCAGCUGGAGAGCGACAAACUCAGCAGCGAUCGACUCAUUCGGGACACCAGGCACUACAGGUGCACUUCUGUACGCUAUGACACUGACUUGCCAGCUACCAGUCUCAUCAUCACCUUCCACAAUGAGGCGCGAUCUACCCUGCUCCGCACGGUGAAGAGUGUUCUGAACCGCACCCCUCCCAGUCUCAUCCAGGAGAUCAUUUUGGUAGAUGACUUCAGCUCAGAUUCUGAGGACUGCCAGCUCCUUACCAAGAUCCCAAAGGUCAAGUGUCUACGAAACACACGUCGAGAAGGGCUGAUUCGCUCUCGGGUGCGAGGAGCUGAAGUGGCUACUGCUGACAUUCUUACCUUCUUGGACAGUCACUGUGAAGUCAACAGUGAGUGGCUGCAGCCAAUGCUUCAGAGAGUGAAAGAGGAUUAUACCCGAGUGGUGAGUCCAAUCAUUGAUGUUAUCAGCCUGGAUAAUUUUGCCUACCUGGCAGCAUCAGCAGAUUUGAGGGGAGGAUUUGACUGGAGCCUUCACUUUAAGUGGGAGCAGAUUCCUAUAGAGCAGAAAAUGUCCAGAACAGACCCAACUCAGUCUAUAAGAACCCCUGUUAUAGCAGGAGGCAUCUUUGUGAUUGACAAGUCCUGGUUUAACCACUUGGGAAAAUAUGAUACUCAAAUGGACAUCUGGGGAGGAGAAAAUUUUGAGCUCUCUUUCCGAGUGUGGAUGUGUGGUGGCAGCUUGGAGAUCGUUCCCUGCAGUCGAGUGGGACACGUGUUCAGGAAGCGCCAUCCCUAUGACUUUCCUGAGGGCAAUGCACUGACUUACAUCAAGAACACCAAGCGCACAGCAGAAGUGUGGAUGGAUGAAUACAAGCAGUACUACUAUGAGGCCCGGCCAUCUGCUAUUGGGAAGUCGUUUGGAAGUGUUGCAGACCGAAUGGAGCAGCGACGCAAACUGAACUGUAAAUCCUUCCAGUGGUAUCUGGAGAAUGUCUACCCUGAGCUCAAGAUUCCUGAAAAGGAGUUGAUUCCAGGAAUAAUUAAACAAGGAGGAAACUGCCUGGAGUCUCAGGCACAGGAUACCACAGGGAAUAUAUUGGCUGUCAUGGGAAACUGUAAAGGGACAGUGAACAAUCCUCCUGUCACUCAGGAGUGGGUAUUCAGUGACCCUUUAAUUAGACAGCAGGACAAGUGUCUUUCCAUUACCUCCUUCUCUACUGGCUCUCAAGUCACACUGGAAGCCUGCAAUCAAAAAGAUGGCAGACAGAAGUGGAAGAUGAAAGGCAGUUUCAUUCAACACUUUGUCAGUGGUCUCUGCCUGGAAAACAAAUCUGGAAGAAUGGUCAUCAAUCCUUGUCAAGCAGGUGUACCUGGCCAGCAGUGGGAGCUGCUACAAGCAACAUGAUGGUAGCACAAAGAUCUCUUCGUUUCUUUGUGCAUGAGACUUUGGGAACAGAGGGGGAUUGGAAAGGGAGGAAUGGUUUUGUAUGUCUGACCCUAAAUGUUUUCAUUGUGCCCAUCAGUAAGCCACCAUUUCAGCUGAGCACUUGGUGUUUUUGAGCUUUUCAGAGAAGAAGCUGGGGGUGAGAUGGAUCAGGAGAGUUGCUGAAAUCUUCCCAUCUGUUGUCUUAAGUUCUCCUUUGUAGCUGAUGCCCGUGCACAGCUGCACCCAGAGAUGGGGGAGGACCCAGCCCAGUACUUGGAGUGACCAGAAGUACCUUGUAGCUAUCCCCAUCCUUUCCUUUUUCUGCAUCCAGAUUCCAUGACCUUCAGUUCAGCAGCUUAGGCUAUGCUUGUACAAACAUGGGUAGCUCUUUGGCUUCCCUGGCUUUUUGCUCUAACAUUGUGCAUCAUUUAUGUUCUCUCUCAUUACCUCACUCUGUCAGUGAGGACUGGCCAGAAUAGUCAUCAUGAUGAGUGGAGAGGCUGAGAAAGAACUAGUGGACCCUGGGAAGAGGUUUGUCACCUCUUUGUAGUGGACCCAUUCCAUCCUUUGCCCACAGUAGCUGCCCUACAGCCAAAUGUGCUGAGGCUGGCACAAUGCUGACAAGAGAGAGGGAAAAGGGACAAUCUGUUUUAGCAGCGUUACCAGGGAUUGUUUUAGGACUAUUCCCUGUUGAAUUCUUCCUUUCAGCUUUUUUAAAUGUGGAAGGCCAGCCCUGCCUCCAAGAGUGAUCCCAGCCUGCAAGUUCGGGGUACCACGCUCUGACGGAACCAGUCAGAAACAGGUGCCAGCACUUUGGGAUAUCAGGGAAGCUGAGACUGUUCUCUGGCUGCUCUUCCUGGUGUUACCAGACACUGCCCACUGCACCCCACACCCCAGGUGAUGCACAGAUACCUGUCUGUGUGGGCAGCACACACAGACAAUGACACUGCAUAUGGCUCAGGCCUGUGGCAGGAAUCCACCCAGUUCCCCGCUGUGAGAGGCAGAAGGGGACAGCCCCUAGGUCAUAGCAGACUUCCUGCUGUUGGCUGGGCAGGACCACAGUCCUCGUGCUGGCUCUCUAGCUCUGCAUAGCCCUCGUGAACACAGCCUGGCAUGACAAGCCACUCAAUCCCUCUGUCUAGUUGCUUUUCCCCCUCAGAAAGAGGAGGCAAAAAGGCUGGUGGCUGCCCUACUUUUGACACCCCUCUGUCUUCCCAGUGAGCACCUUAGUUAGCUGGUGAAGCCUAAACUGUCCCCUGCACAAAUGCUGCCACAGUGCAGGCCCCCCCUUAGAGAUCUCUCCUUUGUGUUCUGGAAAUACCAAAGACACUGGUAUCUCUAGCUAGAAUCCCAGUCCUGCUCCCAGUUAUCAGUCAGCUCUAGCUGAGUGUGGGUUUUCAGACCUGCCAGGUGACACUUACCUAUUCAAACAAAUAAAAACUUCCCCAUUGCCUUACCUUUUCCUACUCAAAUCUGUUAAAUUUUCCUCUUGAGCUAGGUUUUGUUAACUAACCCUCUUUUUCAAGAGCCUGACUGGGGAACCAGAUGGUAGGACCACCUUCAUUAGCAAUUGCUUGCCUGGGUCCUUUCUGAUGUGAUGUAGAAGAAACAGGUUUUUCAUCUGGAUUCUGAAUAGCUGGCUGCUUUUGAUCAUGUUUGUAUCUCUUUUUAAUUCUUUAUCUUAGCUUGGUAUUAGCCCAAACAGUUGACAAAAGAACAGAUGCUGUUCUUCAUACAUUGCAUGUGCUCAGAAGUGCUUGUGUGAGAACUGGACAAUGCUUUUUUUUCUCGGUUUAAAAAACUUAAAUCUGUCACGUGGCAGGAGCUCUUUUCCUGUCUCCCCAUUCACUUUGACAUUUGCUCACUAUCUUGGCACUGAUUAGUUAGAAGAGUGAUCUGCCUGCACUGUGAAAACUCAUGAGGGAGUUCCUUUUGGUCAUUACAGAAUGGUGCAGCUGCAUUUCCAUGUUGGAAUGGGGGCACUGACUCUGUGGUGAUUUUUCUUUCCCUGUAUAGAGAUGCUUUGGGUUGGAAACACCAAGGUCAGAAGACAGCAAAGAAGGAAGGAAAAUAGCCUAGGAAUAGAAAGAGGGCAGGACAGACAGAUCCAUCAAAGGGAGAAAUGCCAUCCUAUUAGCUAUUGCAUUUUUAAUCAAGAAUAUACGUGAGAUGCUACUCCCAGAAUGGCAUCAUUGUAGAACAGAAGACAGGAACAGUCAAAUUCUCACAUACCUGGAUUGAAAAAUGUUGAAGCAAAGACAGAUGAAGGGCCACUGAGCAGGUACUGUACGGAUGCUCUGUAUACAAUGAAGUGCAAAAGGAUUGCAUAUUUUCAUCAAAAUGCAUCCUAAGUGGACCACCUAAGCUUCCCCCAUUUUACUCUCCAGCAGCUUAAGGGUUGAAGCUAACAGCAUGUUCACUCCUCCACCACGUACUGGUCCUUCCUCCUUGCUGCCACUGUGUGUGCGGCUUUCUUGCAGUUCCUUCUUCAUAACCGUUCUGGGACUAGGACCCAGCUCCUCUACAAACAGUUCUCCUGACUGCUGCAGACCACAGAAGCUCUGCUUUUAUACAGUCUCCAAGCUCUGGGCCAGGCCUAAUUCAAAGGGCUCUUGUCAGCAUGAUGGCUACUGCCCUUGACUGUGUGUUUGGCUCCACUUUUGGAGGUUACUGACUGCUCCUGGAGAAGAUACACCUGGACUAGCUGUGUUGAUUUGUACCUCUCUUGCUACUGCUCUCCUCCUGACAGAGAGUAAACUGGCAGCCAUUUGGGGCUGUGAGCUGGCCUUGGGGAGAAAGGGGAACAGGUGGACAUGCUAGAUGUCAAUAUGCUAGAUGUCAAUAACUCAAAUUGUUUCUGGAGUUAGGAGUUAAAAAAUAAAACUCUACCCGAUUUUGGACAUGUUCUCCUGAGGUCAGCUCCCCACUGCUCACUAUGCUGUCAGCCAAACCACUGCUCUAUCUAGACAUAGACCUCCCCACACUUUUGGAAGCCAUUGGUUUCCAAUGUAUUUUAGCUGUUCCUGAAAAGGAGGUACAUUAUGAAAGUCUGCUUUCAAGUGGGCAAACUGAACUUCUCCACAGAAUAAACAAAGUCUUGUCCAAACUCAUUAUUAGCAUACUUUCCAUUUC